AUGAAGUACUCACCUGUGCUCCUCCUCGUCUUCGCUCUUAGCGUCCAGGCCAAUCCGUCGAUCUCGAAUCGCGUGAUCAACGGUCAACCUGCGAUUCCUGGAUCGGCUCCUUAUCACGCUCACAUUCUUAUUAGACAGAAUCAGGAUGAUGGAGCGCGUGUCGGCAGCGGAUGCCUCAUCUCCAUGACUCACGUUCUCACCACUGCCCAGAAUGUGCGAACCUUCGGUCACUGGGAAAUCGGAGUUGGGAGUGUGAAUCGUAAUCAAUUGCAAUGGUCUGCAACUACUCUAGCUCUCGUCCAUCCGAUGUUCGACUACACCACGAUGAACAACAACAUCGCCAUCAUCUUCAUGGUGAAGCCAUUUAUUUCCAGCAUACAUGUGCAGGCUAUUCCACUGCCACUGCCAACUGAUACUCAAGCGCCAUUCCCGGGUGAUAAAUGCCGCUUCAACGGCUUCGGCUUCACCGGCCCCACCGGUCCCUUCUCCGAUCAGCUCCUCAUGGGCUUCAAGCGCGUCACCACCGAUCAGGUCUGCGCUCAGACUUACCCACACCUCGGCAGAUUCCUCAGCAACAACUUCUGUGGCCUAGCCACUGACCAGAGCACCUUCUGCGCCGGAGAUCAGGGCACAGCCCUCGUCGGUAUGGUGCGUUCGCAGACUGUUCUCGUUGGUCUGGCUUCGUUUCACAGUGAGAAUUGCCAAGUCGAAAAUCCAGCAGUUUUUGUGCGCGUGAGCGUCUACAGGACGUGGAUCCAGAUGAUCACUGGAAUAUAA